AUGAUGGGCCAGCGAAGAGCGGUGGAGAUUGUGCUAUUUGAAGCAAAGCUGACAGCACGAGUGUGAAGCUGAUGGAUGCUGCCGAGCUUGCGAGUGCGUGCGUGCUGCUCAAGGGCUGUUGCUGCGUCUCGAAGCGUUUGCAGCGUUGUCUUUUAUUGCUUUCACCCUCGCGAAAAGUGGAGAUGGAAGAAGCGAACGGCACCGACUUGCAGCAGCAGCGUAUAGAUGACUCGGCGAUCAAAAGGCGACAAAUGAGGUGCGACGGGAUGCAAGCCUGGUGAAUGACGUGGACGUUGUGGUGGUGCAGAUGUUGGGUGAAAGCUCAAGAAGGAGCAAAGAGGGGGAACGCUCGACUGGCCAUUCACCCCUGCACGCCCAUGAUCGAAGGAAUCAAGCUGUACCUGUACAUCCGCUUGCGCGAUGCUUCAUCUGGACGAGUCACGUCUGCCCUGCAGCUGCAGCCUGCAACAAUGUGAAUGCAGCAGCAGCAGGCCUUUUGCACCCUCAAGAUUCCAAAGGCCUCAUCGCGCCGUCGGCGCUUUAAAUCCGAACUACAAGGCAGCAAUUAACCUGUCUUGGAUAG